CAGCGUGCAUAAAAGACGUUCGUUUUGACUGGUAUUGGCAUAUCCCCAGUUUCUGGUUUUGUAAGGUCUCUUACUAAACCACUCAGCUUUAAUCUGUUGUUGAGAACAAAUCACACUAUUCAGUAUGUCUUUGAAAACCCUCCUUCCCAUCCUGGUGGCUGUUCUGGUUGCAGUACUUUGCAGGCCUGCAGAAGCCAUUGUAUAUGGUAGCAUGACGUGCCAUAACCGUAGCGAUACCAAUCAGAUCUUACACCAGGAGGACUACACCAAUGGACUGCUUGCCUUCUUCCAAUUCGGACGCGACACAGCCAGCAACGAGUAUUACCCGAACAUGGAGUGUAACUUGGACUACAGCACCAUUGGUGGUAACCCCGUGAACGUCUUCUUCAAUCCAUGUAUCCUGCCUAUUGGAAAUAUUUGCAGUCAGGAUUCAUUGACGGUCAGCACUGCUGCAUCCAAUCCACACACUGUGGUCUGCUCCGACCAUCCAGCUGCUGAUCCAGGCGUGAUCGAAACUGGUGAUUCCAGCAUUUCCAUCAAGUUCCUCACUGACGCGAGUGGGCAGACAGUUGGCUGCAAUGGACUCAUGUGGGCUGGCGGCCCCUAAACUAGAGACUCAGAGGUUGAAUAGGCGUCGUGCAAACCUGCCACUACACCGUGCACGGAGCACUGAGGGGUCCUGGCUCAAUCAUCAUGCAAAGCUGUCAUGUUGUUUGCAUUUGUGUAGAAGCAUCGUAUUGACAUUAUUUUUUUUAAACCACAUAAUUCCUUCCAGCCAAUCUCUGCCUUUCAUUCCAGCCAAUCCGCCCUGCCUCCUCUUUCUAUUCCAUGGAUAUAUUAUACAGUCAUGUACCGGUAUGUACAUGUAUAGAGAACACCAGUGCAGUAGCGGCAUGCAUUACAUGAACAUACUGACUCUAGCUCUGUAUUAUUUAAUUUUGUUCUUUCUUAGCCCUAGAACUACUGGAGGCAUCAUAAUCAGGGAGUCGUAUAGGGUCUAUACGACUCCCUGAUCAUAAUAAUGAUGCAUUUGCGAAUUUCAAACUAGGGUUGCUGUGAUAUGGAGGGUUAGAAUCUCGCCAAAUUUUGUGGCUUUUAUUCAUUUCA